AUUUACAGUAUAAGAUCAAAAUGGACCCUCAAAGGACAAUAGGUAUUGCUCCAAAUCCAGAAUGUGUGACUGGCGCUGUUGCUUGUCAAUGUGAACUAGGCCGAGAAAAAUUACUUACAGCUCCACCCUAUAAAUGUACCUCUCGUGCCGUAGAAGAUGAGGCAAAAUCUCGUUUGCAAACAGCGCCCUGUGCUCGAGAAUUUGAACAAUAUAAAUGCCCAGUUAGUCACAUUCUCAUUAAUUUCAAAUCGCCUCUUCAUCCCAACGAAGUGUUCAACAAAGUCUUCCCAUCUAAUACCCCAAUCAAAUUAGUUAAAAGAAAAUUAGCAAAAUUACUGUCUGUAUCGAAUAAUAAUCUUCUAUUGACGAAAAAUAGGAACGUACUAAAAGAAACGUGCCUUAUUUCUGAACUAAAGACUAAUGCGCUAGGAAAUCUUAUGAUAGACGUGUUUACGAAGGACUCUGAGGAGUUUUCGCUAUCAUCUAUUCCGAAAGAAUCAUAUGUUCACGAACUGAUACAAACAAUGAUGCCAAAAAAGAAGACAAUGCCAUUUAUUGCUAUUAAAUUCAAAAUAAGGAAUCAAAAUGGUGUAUUCACUCGUUCCUACCAUUCAAUUAUGAAAGUACACGAGGUAAAGAAGAAUUUAGCAGGUGUCUUUCAAGUCGAUCCAGACAAUUUAGUAUUACUGCGGGAAGAACGCCCAUUGAAGGAUCGUAUGGCUCUAAUAGACCUAGACUACGAUAAGUAUGGAAUAGUAGAAGUGGAACUUCUAACUAAAGAUAAUGAGAAACUAGACGUAGAAAAGUUGUAUAAAGAAAUGCCCAUAAAUGAUGUUUUAACAGUUAUGGUGCCAUUCGGUAGUUCAUUAAAACAUAUCAACGUUGAAAUAUUUUCGGAGUUAAUUAGGAAACCUUUUCUUGGUGGCUACAGAAACGUGCAUACAGGUGCGAUUUUUCAUCACGCCUAUACACAAACACCACAGAAGCCUGAAAAGCUACCUCCAGAAAAUAAAAAUUGUCGAGAUACUCAAACAGCAGAAAUGCGUGAAAAAAUAUAUGACACAAAUUACAGUCGUGCGACUCAAAUGAACACCGUACAUGCAUACAUACCAAGUGUCGCUGACCGAAUUAUUGUGCCGAAACCUUAUGAGACUUACGACGCUAUGAUUGCCAGAUUAAACCAUAAUUUCUAUGCUUCUAUAAUACAAAGAGCUUUUAGGCGCCACCAGUUCAGACAAAAAGUGAAAAAUUGGCUGAUGAUAUGCAUGGAGAGAAUUGCGAGAAUGGAAGAAGAGAAAAGAUUAGAACGCGAAGCUAUGGAAAGAAGAUUGAAAAAAGAUUUAGUUACUAAAACAUUUCCAAGGACACGUGAAGAUUUUGAUCAACUUUAUGCCAUGGUCGAUCGCUGGAAACAUGCUGAAAUAGCAAGAAUAUCUCGACUUCAUUCUAAAGGGCCUAAAAUAGCUGAAUUUACACUUUUAUUAGAUAAAGAAGUUGAACUUUUGCGAUGCAUCGAAGGUUACCGGGUUAAAGUAAAAGAGGAUAGCAAAAAAAUUAAGGAAAAACAAUUUUUAGAAGAAAUCUCUAAACCCGUCGCCUGGUAUGGACGAGAUGGAAAAUUAAUUACAAUGGAAACUGUUGAAAUUCAAAAAGCAAGGAAACUCAAAGAGCUCUACAACUCCUUUGUAAAGCAAGAUUUGGAAGGCAAAGAACGUAUCGAAUUACUCGUCGAUAUGAAAUUUGCCUUGCAAGAUUUUCGUCAUCCGUUAGCUGAAGAAAUUAUAACACUUUUGGAUAGGGAGUGCGAUCUGCUGGUCCGAAGAUGUAAUGAUCAUCAACUUGAAUUUUUAAGACGACGAGUAGCCGCUUGCGUAUUUCAGUUGAUUAAAACCUCUGAACUUAAUUCUGAAGUAACAAAAUGUAAAGAUAUAAGAGACUACAAGAAAAUGGAGAACGAGAGAUUAUACUUUUGUGAGAUGUGUCACCAAGUUAAAUUGAAUACGGCUUUUCCCUUAAAUGCAAAAAUGAACGGUUUUUUGGUCUGCACAUCUUGUUCGUGGAAAGAUGUUUCGGAACGUUGUUGGAUAGAUAUGACACCAUAUAAGUUUAUCUUGCGAACCGUGCAACGCGACGAAAGACGAAGAAAAUGUUGGGGAUCCUUAGCAUUUGUUCUGCAAGAGAAAGAUAUAUUUUUCAUUGUUGAAAAACUAUGGCAUUCUCAUUCCGCAAUCAGCGAAUGUAGGGACAUGACGGAGCUCAGAUUGUGUCGAUGGCAUGUCAAUGAGGACUGGUCCCCGUGGAACUGUUUCCUAAUCACAGUUCAAGAAAUGAAAGCACAUUUGAAACUAGAGCAUCCCGAAAUGGUUUAUGAUGAUGAACUCGUUCAAAAAGUGAAAAACCAACACAAGCUCGCCAAAGCAAACUUUGAACAAAUAGUGACGGUAAACAAACGAAUCACAGAGAGUGGCGACUGGGCCGAUGUCCGCGCUCCUGCGAUUGCUCGAGUAGACGCCGUCGAAAAAAUUUAACAAUAUUUAUUGUGUACUGAAAUCAUGACAAUUGUAUUUACUCUUUUAGCUACUUUACAUUAUUUUGUUUAUUUUUAGGCGCUUAAUUUAAAGCAUUUGAUGUAGAAUGUGGCAAUAUUAAAUGUUUUUCUAGAUCUAGCUUGUAUAUCAACUGUACUGUCACGAAAAAAGCAUCUAAUAACAUAAUUAAUUUACAAAAUGAACUGUAGUGAAAAAAACAAUAGUUAAGCUUACGCCUUUGAAAUAUUUAUUGAAUUGAUUGUCUAGAGCGUGGUGUGAAAGAUACAUAGUUAUUGCCACAGUAAUAUAGUAUGUAAUAUUUUCACAAAAUAUAAAUAUUAUUAUAGAUAAAAUAUUUUUAUUAUUAAUCAGUCACGGGGUAAAGGACAGUUAAGAGAUACAAUAUUUAAAUUGUCCUUCUUUUAAUAUAAUUACAUGUAAUAUUUAAUAACAUAAUUAUUACAUUACAUUUACAAUAAUAAUUUCUCAAGAUAUCAAACUCUCCCGAUUAUCUAAAAUAACAUAUAAUAAAAGUAUUAAAACACAAGUGUGAUAAAAGUGAAAAUUGAUAACGAAAUGCAUGGAGCUAAGCUUAGUUCGUACACCUACAAGUCAAUAAAUUACGUAAAUAUAAUUUAGGCAAUAAGAAUCAUUAUAACUGUACAACAAACACAAAAACGCAGUCUAUAAAAUCCUAA